CGCGGAAGCCAAGGCGUUGGACUAGCUUGCGGUGUUUGGACCAUGCAUGCGUUUCCGAAGUUAGGAUCUCGUCAUGAGCAAUCGGAAUCCGGUAUCUACAGAACGAUGACGGGCAUCUUGAAAGCUAAGAGUGGCCAGUACAAGCUCAUCAUAUCCGUCGGCUGGGCUACGUUGGGCCGGGGCUGCGGCUUACUCCGCAUCCUGGGAGCGGACACGACAGUAGCAGCGUGGAUCUUCAUCAACCUCGUUGCUGGCACUGAGAUUGGCGUUCUCACCAUAGCGCAGUCCAUAGCAGCACAAGCAGCGACCGAACCAAAGCACGCCGCCAUCGCUGCGGGCUUGACACCAUUCUGUCGCGCGCUAGGUCAUGUAUGGGCAUUGCCAUCGGUGGCGCGACCGCUCAAAACGCGUUCAAGUCUUCAUUAGGCCACUCCAGCUUGCUAGCGAGGCAUCUGGGCUGGCGCUUGACUUAGCUUUGCUUCCGUUGACACUACGUGGCCUACCUCGCACAAGCACGGCUAGCUUGACAUACUCAAGGCAGUGUUGCAGAACCUGCAUGCUGUGUCGUGGUGUCUUACGGCACUGGCGGUCAUUAGCGGGGUACUGUCGCUUGCCAUGAAAAAGAUCGGUCUCAAUACCGGCAGGAUAGCGGCAGCGGAGGAGAGAGUGGCCAAGGAAAACGGAAAGAGAGUCAUUGAUGUCAAGGCGAUCAACUGC